AUGGCAACCCAACCAGCUGUUGAAGCUUUGGCUUUGGACUCGACGUCGAGCUCGUCUAACAGGGACAUCGCCACGCCAAACUCACAGCACCACACAGCGGCGCACCGAGACGCCGCCGCCAUCCCUGGUCAUGAUGCUAGUGACGCGAGGCACUGGCUGUCGCUGGCGCGGUUGCGCGAUGACAUCUCCCUGAGCUACGCUGACCUGCCGGUGCUGGCCUGCUGCAUGGUCUCUGGGCUUUGCGACAGUGUCGCAUUCAACGCGACGGGCACCUUCGCGUCGAUGCAAACCGGAAACACCAUCUUCCUGGCGCUCGGCGCAUCUGGCCUCCCUGCGAACGCGCCCCUUCUGUGGCUCCGAGCCCUCGUUUCCAUCGUGGCCUUCUGGGCCGGCUGCCUCAUCUUCUCCAAAAGCCGCCAUCUACACCCGCAACGCAAGGCAACGCUGUCCAUAUCGUUCCUCGUCCAGGCCGCCUUCGUGUUUGCCGCCGCCGCGCUGUCGCAAACUCGCGCUGUACCCGCCUUUGGCCGUGCCCUGCUCGAGACGACGCUCGACGACGCACAAGAGGCCGCGCGAAACGUUGACGAAGACAAUCCCCUCGCCCUUCUGCCGCUCGCCCUCUUGGCCUUCCAGUUCGGCGGCCAGAUCGUCGUGUCCCGCCUGCUCGGCUUCAACGAGGUGCCCACCAAUGUGCUUACCAGCCUCUACUGCGACCUGCUGAGCGACCCUCUGCUCCUCGCCCGUCUCGACAAGAACCCGAAGCGCAACCGCCGUCUCGCCGCCAUCGUGCUGCUAGUUGCUGGCGGUGUCGUUGGGGGCUGGCUUCAGCGCAGCCGCGCCGGCAUGAGCUCCGCCCUGUGGCUCGCUGGCUCCAUAAAGUUCGUCAUCGCCAUCGCGUGGAUAGGUUGGAGGAGCAAGGCUGUUCCGGUCUCUGUUUCCCAGGAGAAGGAAAAACAGAUUGUGGGCGGCCAGGUAUGA